CAGCGGUGAUCAGUCUGCGCCGAAAAAACUGACGCUGACUAGUUUAAACAUCAAAUCUUCGUAGAUCAAGCCGAUUCGGAUCAAACCUUCAUCAUGAUUCCACCGCAACGUCACACUGGGACUCCCUUCAUCAAAGGCGAUACAAGCCCGCACCACUUUCCGCAGUGCAAAGAGCAGUGUACCACCUAUGUGAUCAUCUGGUACAGGCUUUCAUUUUAUCAACCGAGUCAUGUCCUUCAAGCUUUAUCACAAUCAGACCGGUGAUCUAUGUGUUCCGUGUAUUUGAUAUGCGCUAUCCUUAUUCAUGGUAACACGGAUACUCAUCGAAUAAUGUUUUCAUUGGCAGGUACCGUUACUUGGAUAUUCUCGGGUAGUAAUUAUCCUCACCAUAAUGGUUGCAUGUACACAGCUUUGCUUCAAAAGCCCGAUAGCAGUUUCGUCAGCGCUCAAUAUCAUUGUACGUGUUCUCACGUCAAAUCACUGUCUGAUUCCAAACGCAUGACAACUGAUCCCAGACCCGUCGCCACAGCUUGCCAAAACGAUACAGCAAUACCUGCGACUCCACACGUGUUUGCGCAGUGCGCGCUGAGCACGGCGUCCAUCUCUUUCUGCCGAAUCUCGAUUCGUCUCAUGUUCUCCGUGUCUGCAUUCUUAAAGUCGAUGUCGUCAUCCCCGCCCAAUGUUCCCUGUAUUUCAUGUCACCAAUACCGAAACUCCAGGCUAUUCUUUAACAUUUGCGCCGAACUAUAGAACUUUUUUCUAUUGCAGCUCGUUCCUUAUUUCUUAGUAGCCAAUGUUAGUCCAGGCUCGAAUACUCAACUUUGUCAGGCCCUGACUUUGACGAC